AUGGAUCCUGGUGCUGAGCGGUUUGACGGCGUAGCGCGUGGUGGGCGGCGUGCACGUGGGAGAGGUCGUUCACGUCGCGCCCAUCCGGUCUACUUCGGUCCAUUCGCGGAAUACUGGACACCGCCACCAGCGGUUUUCGAUAUACCACCACGUGCGCUUCCGAUUUCAAUGUUCAACGCGAAUAUGGUACCACUGGAUGAACGGGAUGCUGAUUUUGAGGCUCAGUUCGCGCCGUAUGCCAAUCGUGCCGCACAUCGUCGCCGUGGCGCCGAGUACCAACCGCCACAGCACACUGGAGCCUCAGCAACAGUCGCUUCCUCAAAUGAUACAUCGCAGCCGUCAGUUCCUAGUGCCACGUUGGUUUUUUUUUUUGAUAAAAAAGUCUUUUUCCUCAUAUUUUUUUUAUUGUACUGA